CGAGGGACAACAAUGGGGACAUGUACGCCAGCGUUUCUUGGCUUUUAUUAGAAAAACAUUUUUUAAAUACAACUGGAGCAAUUCAUCGAUUCUUUAAAAACAACAAAACCUAUAUUAGGGAUUGCGUUGAGGCCGAGAUAGAUUAUUUUGACGUCGCUACCACAUCGCGGAUGCCCGUGAUAUGGGACCGCGUCGCUUAUUUGGUCAUGGGCAUUAGAAAUAUCUACUACUCAUCGGGAGUUGAUCAAGUUGAUCAGCUUCUGUCUUAAACAUGACGAACAGCGUCGACGAUCAAACGCCUCUCUCGCUUAAAGACGUGUUAGUGAAGUAUAUACAGUACUACGACCAAGUUUGGUCAGUAGGAAAUCUUAAAGUGUGUUCAGAAACACAGGUGGCAGAUGAAGCCAGGCGGAUAUUAUCAUCAGAUGAAGAGCUGCGGAAGAGGUUCACCACGCUGGACAUCUAUCAGACACUGUACGUGUGCGUGCAGUACAGAGACUGCCAGAGACACAUCCAGGGCUUUAUAAAAGCUGUCAAGUUACUAGAGAUGUUCUGUGUGAACCUGUUUAUGUUUCCGUGGAAGAAAGAGAUUAAAUCAUUAAAGACAUUUACAGGACACUUUGUCUAUUAUAUCAAGCCAGUUUUGCCUUUUGCCAAGAGCAUUCUUCAGAGUAUUGGCUACUGCAUUGAAACAGACACCGAGUAUAGACUGUCUGAUAAUUUUGACACUGACAAGGCCAAGAGAAUGGGAUUCGACCUUUUCCUUGCCAGGUUAGAAUGUGAGUACCUCCUUGAGCUCAUGAGCCAGCGAACACACGAAGAAUGUCUGGAGAUUCUCCGAAACAGAGCUGCUUCUCUGAACUUCAAUGCUGGGAAUUACGUUUCAGUGCAAAUUAAUGACACCUGUAAUCUAAACGAGGAAGUGUUUAAGGAUAAUGAGCAUGUUGAAGGAGGCUCAUUGGUAAACCCAGGGGAAAAUCCUAAUAUGGGACUCGACAAGUCUCAAGAUAGUACAAUCUCUGACACAGACAGACCGUCCAGCUCAUUUAUGACUGAUGAUAAGUCUAUUCUGGAGAUGCAGGAGAACUACCCCGACCUGGCCAUCCGACAAAAGCCCAUUUUUCAGAAGCCUCAAACAGCUACGCACCACCCUCUUAAGGCCAAGGAGUUGGAUGGAUGCAAGGGCCAUAAUGUAGCCAUGGUACAUGAGGUCAGUACUGACAUGAGUGGCCCUCAGUCUAUCAACAUGCACACUGAGACCGCCAUGGGUAAUAAGCAAUUACAUAUCCCAAAUGCAGGUGUAGAAACUCAACCCUUAGAUGACAAAUCGUUGGUGCUUCGUGUCAGAACACCAUUAGAAGGGCACAAAUGUGAGGGUUCAUCUGAAGACCUCCUGGUUGAGCUAACAGAGCAAAUGGGGAAAUUGCACAUGAAAGAACCCAAUGCAGAUGAGUCUCUAAAAUACCCCAUAGAAGAGACAGCACAGGCUCAGCCAUGCAGUGGAAAUACUGACCUCAGCACAGCCCCACCCACAAAGUCCCCGGAUGCCAUGGGCUUUCAUAUUUUGAGCAACCCAUCCCAGGAACCUGUUUGCAACAUCACAGGUUGUGAUAGAUUUGUUGGAUAUGAUGUUCUUACACAGGACAACACCAUCAAAGAGCCUCCUCAGUCAAUAUACGUCCCCAAUUCUCUGAGUGGAUGCACCCUGGCAUUGGGACCACCAACUGACGACAAUCAGACUACCAAUGAUGGCUCAAGUGUGCAACUCCACAGAAGUCCCACAUCGCGGCAUCCAGAGGAUGACCUACUCCAAACUUAUGUGAUGGUUUAGUGAUAUUUUCCAGGUU